AUGCCUAAGCAGACACAUACCGCCCCUAGCUCAAGUUGUGGAAUCAGCACUGCGAUUGGCAUCCGACUGGCUCAGCAUGGCACAGAUCCAGUGGUGAACUAUUUUUCUUCUACUAGCGCCACUUGGAAAGUAGUCGAGCAGAUACGCAGCUACGGCACAACGACUAUCAUCGUCAAGGCGGACAUGUCACACGAAGAGAAGAUUAAAUGUCUCUGCCAGUGUGUAAUGACAGAGUUUGACCAGCCGAGUAUUAUCAUGAGCAACUCUAGCAUUGAGCAUUUGGGUACACUGCCUGACGUGACCGUGAGAGAUAUUGAUGAGGUCGGUUUGUUUUUCAUCGCUCAACAGGCCUAUAAAUGCUUGACUGGAUACAGCCGUCUAAUUCUGACUCUCUCCCUCAGCCCAGCAGAUUCAGGACAUAAAUUGCAGACUUGA